AUGUCACAAUGGUACGAAUACCCGAUGCGAGACGGUGCCGACAGCACCAUCGUCUACUCGACGGCGGAGCACUACAUGAUGUACCAGAAGGCCAAGCUCUUCUGCGACGACAAGAUAGCAGGCGAGGUCCUUGCCGGGGCGGGGCUGCACCCGCGCAAGAUCAAAGACCUGGGCCGGCAAGUGGUGGGGUUUAACGAAAAGACUUGGGUGGCCGAGAGGGAGCGGAUUGUACAGCAGGGGACAUGGCUCAAGAUGACGAGGCCUGCUCGCGAUGGGCAGGUGAGCCUCGGGGAGCUGCUCCUAGGGACGGAGGACAGGGAGCUGGUCGAGGCGAGCCCAUACGAUAGGGUGUGGGGUGUGGGGUUCCGGGCUAAGGAUGCUGGGAAGAAUAGGGAGCGCUGGGGGUUGAAUCUAUUGGGAAAGGCAUUGAUGGCCGUACGUGAGAGGUUGGUGGAGGAGAGCAGAGAGGCUGAGGCUGAGGCUGAGGCAGGCGGGAAAGAGAAGGGGGACGCUGCAGAAAAGGAAGCAGAAGAGAAGGCAUUAUGAUAAUAAAUAGCCUUGCAUGCAUGUGGACUGAUCCACUGUAUACCAUUGCCAUGAUACCAGACUUGAGUUUCAGGGGAGUAUGAUACUCAUCCAUGAGUCGCAGUCGCAUCAUUUUGGAUACGUGCUGUUUACAGCGUCU